AAAUGGUUCACUUUCAAGAAACCCAAAUUUGGAACACUGAAAGCACCAAAGGCUGACAUUGAUACUGAUGUAAAAGUACCAGAUGUAGACCUCAAAGGGCCUAAGAUGGAUUUGAAUGCACCAAGUGUCAACCUUUCUGGACCAAAAAUCGAAGGUGGUCUAGAUGCUGAUAUAAAUACUAAUGUUUCAGCUCCUGACUUGAAUCUCUCAGCUCCAAAGAUUGAUGGUAAGAUAAACACACCAGAUGUCAAUCUAAAAGCACCAAAAGCAGAACUUGAUGCCCCCAAGUUAGAUGUUGAUGCUCCAGAAGUGAAUACUGGAAAAAAAUGGUUCACUUUCAAGAAACCCAAAUUUAACACACCAAAAACGCCAAAGGCUGACAUUGAUACAGAUGUUAAGGUACCAGAUGUAGACCUCAAAGGGCCUGAGGUGAAUCUGGAUGCACCUGAUGUCAAUCUUUCAGCACCAACAAUUGAUGGUAAAAUUGAGACCCCAAGACUCAACAUUGCAACACCAGAUAUCAAAGGACCAGAUGCUGCACUUAAAAGUCCAGAUGUUGAUCUUGACCCAGUUGAUGUUAAGGUGAAGUUGCCUAAAUUAAAAAUGCCGAACCUAAAAGGGCCCAAAGUGAAGGAACCAGAAAUGAAUGCUAAUUUGAAAGCACCUGCACUAAAUGCCAGUCUUGACUUACCUGAAGCUGAUGUGGAUGUACCUAGUAUAGACCUAAAAGCACCAAAAAUUGAGAGUGGUCUUGAUGCACCAGUUAUUGAUGCCAAUUUACCAAAAGCUAAUGUAGACAUGCAAACUCCAGAACUGGAUACCCCAACUGGAAAAUUUAAGCUGCCAAAACUAAAAAUGCCAAAGUUUGGUGUCUCGGGGCCAAAAGUAAAAGAACCUAAUCUUGAUUUAAAUGCUGAUCUGAAAACUCCAGAGCUAGAUCUUUCUCUUCCAGAUGUAGAUGCAAAGCUGUCCAAAGCAAGUCUUACAGCACCUGAUGGAAAGCUUGAAGCACCAGAUUUAAAUCUAUCUCUUCCCAAAAUGGAAGGUCUCAAUAGUUCAAAUCUUGAUAUAAACACCAACCUUAAAAAAGAUGUCAAUCUUUCAGCCCCUAAAACUAAUAUGACCUUACCAGAUAUCAGCCUUUCCACUCAAAAGCUUAAAAGUUCUGACUUGGAAAUGAACUUGCCUAAAACUGAUGUAAAGGGGCCUGGUUUGGAUCUACCAAAUGGAGAUCUCUGCUUGUCUUCAUCAAAAAUGAAUGGAAACCUCUCGGCACCAAAGUUAAAUGCCAAUUUACCAAAAGCUGAACUGGAAGCACCUGAAGUUACAGUGAAAUCUACAAAUGGGGCUAUUAAGCUCCCCCAAACAGACCUCAAAGGACCCGAUGGGCAAUUAACUAUGCCAGAUUUAGAUUUAGAUACUCAUCUUGGUGACUUUAAAAUGCCUCAUUUCAAGGUUCCAGCACUCGAUCUUUCAGUUCCCAAGUCAGAAAUUCCCAGACUUGAUGCCUCAGGUGAUGCUGGAAUCGAGGCACCCAAAGUCAAAACUGAUGCCAACAUCACUGUUCCUGAAGUAAAUCUGAAUGCCCCAAAAUUGGAAGGAGAGGCCCAAGGACCCAUCGUUAACAUAAAGGCUCCAAAAGUUGAUGCCAAUCUUGAGAAGUCCAAAAUGCCGCAUUUCAAACCAUCAAAAUUAAACUUUUUUGGGUCCAAAGAGAAAUCAGAAGAGACUAAUGCCAGUGCAGACCUUGAGGUAGAUGGUAAUGACUCAGAAAUGAAUCCACCCAGCGCAGACAUAGCUAUUCCAAUGUUCAAACCCCAUAGAUUGCCCAGACACUCCAUCGAUGGCCUUGAAAACCCUGCUGAUUUAUUUGGCAUUGCAAAACUUGCCAUUGAGGACAAAGAUUUUCUAGUCAGUAAAGGGGUUCGACUGCCAAUACUUAAUAAAGCAUCAGACUCAGGAAAAAUGAUUAGCAUCUUGGAGAGAUUGAAAAUGUCAAAGGAAAAAGAAUCCAAUGCCUCAAGUCCAGAUGUCAGUGCCUCUUCAGAAGGAGAUUCCUCUGUGGUCAGGGGAGGAACAUUCAAAAUAGAAAAGCCAAAGUCUACACUGGGCCUUGUAAUUCCGGAAGCUUCAGCGUUGGAUGAAAAUGAGAAAUUAGCCCUGUCUCUCUCCAACAUGCUUGGUCUUAAACAUGACGAUCCAGAUGCUGUCUGACUUUUGCUAGAUUGACCUGAGAUAUUGGGUACUGGUUCUGAAACAUGUACUUAGACCGGUUUCAUACCUCAGUUUGUAAUCAUGAACAUGUCUGAAGGAGAAGCAAACUACAGCGUCCGUACUGUGUAAUAAAUUUGCCUUCUUAAUGAAGUUUUUUUAUAUAAGCUAUGUUUAUAUUAUUUAUGCCAGCUUUAUUUUAUUUUUUUGCAGUUUUUUUUUUCCAAACAUUAAUUUUAAAGUGAUUCUUAAACU